GUAAAAUUUUUCGAGGUUAGACCGGGCCAUGGUAAAGCAUUGUGUAGUUGCAGUUGAAGCCAACAAGAAUUCAGGGUGCCGAGUGCUUGCACUCACAUGUAAAGGAAGAAAAGGUUUGAAGGAAGAUAGAAGAGAAGGAACUCAACCAUGGUGGGUUCCAAUCCUGAAAAGCUCAUGAUCAAAGCAGAUAAGCUCACAAAGCUGAGUUUUUUGAGGUGGAGUGCUAAUUGGAGUGAUGCCACUGUCCUAUAUGAGCAGGCUGCAAAUGGAUUUAGACUCACCAAAGACUAUGAAAAAGCGAAGACAGCUUUUGAGAAGGCUUCAAAAGGACAAGAGAUGCUCUCUUCACCCUGGGAUGCUGCUAAGCAUAUGGAAUCUGCUGCCUCUCUAGCAAAGGAACUUCAGAACUGGGGUGAGGUUGCUGACUUUUACAGAAGGGCAUCUGAGUUAUAUGUUAUGUGUGGAAGAUCUCAACCUGCAUCAGAUGCUCUUGGAAAGGGUGCUCGUGCUUUGGAAGAUGCUGUCCCGGAUGAUGCUAUUCAAAUGUACAUGGAUGCUAUAGCUCUUCUUGAAGAGGAUGACAAGGAACAAAUGGCCUUCGAUCUAUAUCGUGCUGCUACAAAUGUUUAUAUAAAGCAUGAGAAGUAUACUGAUGCUGCAACCUUUCUAUUGAGAUGGGGUUUAGCUGCUGAUAAGAGCAAAUCUACCAACACCCAGUGCAAGGCGUAUUUAAGUGCCAUUAUUGUGUACCUUUAUACACAUGACUUCAAGGAAGCAGAGAAGUGCUACAAUGAUUGUUCUUUGAUUGAUGCUUUUUUGAGUAGUGAUCAGAAUCGCUGUGCUUGUAAACUUCUUUCUGCUUAUUCAGAAGGUGACAUUGAGGAAAUCAAACAUCUGGGCCAAUCGAGCACUAUUUCACAUCUUGACCAUAUGGUCAUCAGACUCGCAAGGAAACUGCCUACUGGUGAUGUGAGUGCAUUGAAGAAUCAUGCAGCCGAGCAGGAAGAGCAGCUGGAUGAAGACGACCUAACGUAGAUUCUCAACUCUGGAAGAUAAUUAGUAGCUGAUACCAUUUUUUAUUUGCUACAUAAGAAAAUUGCUCUAGUCUAAAUAUUCAGUGUGGUACUGUUUCAUUUUUAUUGCUUACGCUUGCGAAGUAUGUUUGAUGUUUACGUGGUGUAAUAUUUGGGAGGGAGAAGGGUACUCCUAGUCUAGUCGUGGGGUAUUGUAUUGGUUGUGUAUUUUCCCUUUCAUGGAUGCCAUAUAUAUAUAUAUAUAUAUAUAUAUAUAUAUAUAUGCCACCUUGCCUGCUCGACAGCCUUUUAAAAUAGGUGUUAAAAUUGGCUUCCUGCUGUUGUAUUUGGUCAA